GGAGGAAGAGGACGAGGACGAGGCGAGAGGGAGGGAGGGCCCAGCAGCAAACAGGGGACACUCACACACACAGAGACGGAGAAACAGAGAAACAGACAGACAGAUAGAUAGAGAGAUAGAUAGACAGGCAGGCAUCGCGAGAGGAGAGGAGAGGGAGAGAGAGCGAGAGGAAAAGUCAGAGCGAUUGAUUGAGAAGGCCCGUAGAAAGUCAAGUCAAGCCACAGACUUAGUGAGAAUCUUUGGUGGGUGUUGCCGUAAACACCCCCAACUCGUCACACCACCACAAUCAGCCUAACAACCCACAAUCCUGUGUCAUUCACCCUGCAUCGCCCUCAUACUCUAUCUUCCUUUCCCCUUCCCCCCUCUUCGCGCACGCGCUCUCUAUCUACCUUUUUAGUUGUUAGUUUGGGCGUUUCUCGUCUUAUUAGGGUUUUCUGUCGUGGUCCUUUUUUCUGGGUGUUCGCCUUCCACCCACCUAGCUAGCUCCAUGAUUGAUUGCUAACUUCUCCUCAAGGGUUUCGCCGUCUGAGCCCAACCAUGGGAGCUCCCAAACAGAAGUGGACCGCGGAGGAAGAGGCUGCCCUCCGCGCUGGGGUCGAGAAGUAUGGACCAGGGAAGUGGCGUGCAAUUCAGAAAGACUCUAAGUUCGGCCCAUGUCUGACGUCUCGUUCCAACGUAGACCUUAAGGAUAAAUGGCGAAACAUGAGUGUAAGUGCCAAUGGGCUGGGUUCAGCAAGGAAGCCCUUGGCCAUAACUGCUGGACCUGGGAUGUUGACCUUAAUGGAGGAUGUAGCUUCCGUGAAACCUUUGAGUGUUGUGGCACCGGGAGAUGAAGGGUACGUGGUGAAGAGAGAGAGCGCGGAUACAUCAGGAGAUCGCAAGUCGCUUGGUUCCAGGUAUGAUAACAUGGUCUUUGAAGCAGUGUUGGGACUUAAAGAACCAUACGGAUCCAGCAAUGCCUCUAUUGCUAGCUACAUUGAGGAGCGGCAUGCAGUGCCUUCAAACUUUCGGAGGCUGCUCACAACCAAACUUAAGUCGUUAGCUCUCUCAGGGAAGUUAGUAAAGGUGAGGCAGAAUUACAAAAUGAAUGAAGGUAAUGAAAGCCCAUCGUCGGUCGCGGAGGAGCCUGAAGUGAGGGAGAGGGAGAGGGAAAGAGAGAGGGAGCACGUUGGCACAGUCAGCGAUGGCCGUGUACAGAAAGGGUCCCGCUUGAGGCGGCAAGAGGUUCACUGUGACGACAGCAACAAGCCGCAUCCUUCACGCGUUCCUAGAGAUGCGUGGGACCUUCGGGAUAGCUCAAAGAGAAUAAGGCCCGAAAGUUUGCCUUACAAGAAGCCAAAAACGGACAUUGAGCAUCUUGCUAGGGCCAGGGCUAAAACUGCCGAGGAGGCUGCACGCGCAGCUGCAUUGGCUGUCGCCGAAGCUGAAGCCGCCGCUGCCGCCGCAGAAGCCGCUGCCAGAGAAGCAGAAGCUGCUGAAGCCGAAGCCGAGGCUCUCGAAGCCGCUGCCGAAGCCGCUGCUGCGGCAGCAAUCAGACAUCCAAAGAAAUUGCGAGCGAUGGCAAUCAUGCAAGAGGUCGCAGUGAAUGGGUAGGCAAAUAAUUAAAGCUUCCCGACAUGCAUCUAGGGGUUAGGGGGCGACUGCUUACUUCUGUCAGAUACGAUGAAGUUAAACUACAACCAGGUCACCACAUAUUCCUGAUGUCAGGCCAACUGUAUUGUAGUCGAUUCGGCUUGUUUAUAUAGAUGUCAAAUAGCUUAGAUCUUAUAUGCUAGGGAAGUAGAGGUAGUGUAUCUAGAUUUGAUGUUUUACAGCUUCGAGUUUUGCAGGGGUUAUGGAUUUUCUAGCUCAGCAUUUGUAUCCUAAACGAUAGUGUACUUUGUGAAGGCUGUAACAAGGACAGCGACUCUGAUGUAAAUCCCUCAAUCCUUCAUGGUUCCUCAUUAGUGCUCAACAUCCUUAUAUACAGACGAUUUUCCUGAUGAUUUCAUCUCUUUUA